AUGGCAGGUGGACAUGGAGGAUUUGAACCGGUCAAGCUUGACCCAGCAAUUGAGAGAUGGUCAGCAAUGAGAGAAAACGUUUUUCAACAUUUCAAAUUCACAAGGAGAGCCACUAGACAAGUUGUUACUUGGGGUUUAAUCGUUCCUGGGAUAAUCGCCACGAUAGCGAUGACAUUUGAUAAUCAAUACGACUGGGCAGGUAAACAAAGGGGAUCAUCACUUCUCAAAGGCACACCGGCUAAACCUGCUCCAAAGGAAGAAGAGUAA